AAACUUUGUUUUUUUCUAUUGUUCUGUGCUGCCAAGUGAAAAUAAAAACCAUUCAAUAUGACCAGCUCCAGUAUUAUGGAUGAUUUGAACAAGGAACAAAUUGUUCUCCUUCGCAAUGCCUUCAAUGCCUUCGAUCCCGAAAAGAAUGGUUACAUCAAUACCCAGAUGGUGGGUACCAUUCUCAGUAUGUUGGGUCAUCAAUUGGACGAUGCUACCUUAGCUGAAAUUAUUGCCGAAGUCGAUGAAGAUGGUUCGGGACAAAUUGAAUUUGAAGAAUUCACAACACUGGCCGCCCGUUUCCUUGUUGAAGAGGAUGCCGAGGCGAUGAUGCAAGAACUGAAAGAGGCUUUCCGUUUAUAUGACAAGGAGGGUAAUGGCUAUAUCACUACAGGGGUGUUGCGUGAAAUUCUCCGUGAAUUGGAUGAUAAGCUGACCAAUGAAGAUUUGGACAUGAUGAUUGAGGAAAUUGAUUCUGAUGGUUCCGGCACUGUUGAUUUUGAUGAAUUCAUGGAAGUCAUGACUGGUGGUGAUGACUAAAUUCAAAUUGCAAAUUUUGAAAUUUUAAAA